AAUUUUUAUGAGAACGGUUCACGAUAUAUUAGUGCGCAGUACCACUAUUGCUGUUGGUCCCUAUAUUUUCCGUUCCGGUUUUCUUUGCAAUAGUACUUGGGGAAAACGUGUAUACAGAUAUCUAUGUAAAUUUUUCGAGAAGUAAAAUUUGAAGGUUGAAAUACUUUCCAUUCGAGCCUUAGUUCUAAUGCUCCCUGUUCGAUACCUGUCUUGGUGUUUUCGUCAUUGUUGUCAUAGUAUUGUUCGUGCGAAAUAAAAUAAAUUCAUAAUAAUACCUGAUAGAAAAAAAAAGUAUUAUUUAAAAGCUAUGAACCAAAUGGAAAAUUUUGGAAAGAUCCCACUGAGCGAGUGAGUGAGUUGAGUUAUGUGGAUCAGUGAAUUCGGUGCAAGCAUUACAGUACAUAUUAUCAUAUUGUAGUAUUAAAUAUUGCGUAACCGAGACCGUACAUACGAAAACUCGAACCAAAAUAAAUUAUAAAAUCAAAGAGCUGCCUAAUUCUGGGGCAAGGUAAAACCGAGAGAAAUAGUAUCGGUUCAAAUCUAAACGUGAAUAAGUGACAAUACUUUGUAUCGGAAGGGUUAACAGGCAAACGCAUUCCGGCAGUGAUAAUUUCUAGCAUAAUUUUUUGCUAGAUAAAUUCCAUUCAACGUACAGAAAAGACCGACAAAAAAUAAACAUGAUUACUUUGGCCCGCAAAACAUUAACAGCUUCCACACUUGCACAUAGCAGAUACGAUAUUGCACGUCGUAUCUCAUCUGUCGUUCCGGAUAAUACAUUCAACGAAUUCGAGCUAUAUAACGAGCCACUUCUAUCGUAUAAAAAAGGUUCAAAGGAGCGUCAAGAAAUCGAAUCGAAUCUCAAAAAGACUUCAUCUAAAGUUGAAGAUAUACCAAUUGUAAUCGGUGAUCAAGAAUUCCGUACGAAUGAUGUACGUUAUCAGGUCAUGCCCCAUAAUCAUUCGCACAAAUUGGCCAAAUUUUAUUAUGCUGAUUCAACCCUCAUACAAAAAGCAAUAAAGACAGCAUGCGAAGCUCAGCGCAAAUGGGAUAGGACAUCGUUAAGUGAACGUGUAAGGAUAUGGCUUCGUGCAGCGGAUCUUAUGGCAAAGGAAUAUCGGCAGGAUUUGAAUGCAGCAACUAUGUUAGGACAGUCCAAAACUGUUAUACAAGCGGAAAUAGAUUCAGCUGCUGAACUAAUAGAUUUUAUCCGAAUGAACGCAUAUUUUCUGAAAGAAAAUUCAAAAUAUCAACCAAUUAGUGAAAAUAUUAAAAUUACCAAGAAUUCAACACGUUUCCGUGGAAUUGAUGGUUUCAUAGCUGCCGUAAGCCCAUUCAAUUUCACUGCAAUCGGUGGAAAUUUGUCAUAUACUCCAGCAUUAAUGGGAAACUCUGUUUUAUGGAAACCAUCGGACACUGCCAUUUUAUCAAAUUGGACAAUAUUUAAAAUAAUGCGCGAAGCUGGUGUUCCGCCGGGUGUUGUGAAUUUCGUUCCGGCCGAUGGUCCUGUAUUCGGUGAUACUAUUACAUCUUCACCGCAUUUAGCUGGAAUCAAUUUCACGGGUUCAGUUCCUACAUUUAAUCGUUUGUGGCGGCAAGUUGGUGAUAAUAUCGAUAAGUAUAUUAAUUUCCCACGAUUGGUAGGUGAAUGUGGUGGUAAAAAUUAUCAUUUCGUCCAUCCAUCGGCUCAUGCUAAAACUGUCGUCAAUGCUACAGUACGUUCAGCUUUUGAAUAUUGCGGACAAAAAUGCUCAGCAUGUUCAAGAAUGUACGUUCCAGAAUCACUUUGGCCUGAGAUUCAAAACGGUUUAAUCGAUGAAACGAACAAGCUGAAAAUUGGUGAUGUUCAAGAUUUUACAUCAUUCACUUCUGCCGUAAUUGAUAACAAAGCGUAUGAGCGUAUCACAUCGUAUAUUGACCAUGCCAAAAGCUCUAGUGAUUUGAAAAUUAUUGCUGGUGGCACGUAUUCCGAUAAAGUAGGAUAUUUCGUAAAUCCAACAAUUGUGGUUACAACCAAUCCGCUAAAUAAAAUAAUGCGGGAGGAGAUUUUCGGUCCAGUUUUAACGAUUUACGUUUACCCAGACAAGGAUCUGAAGAAAGCCAUGGAUUUAGUAAAUAAUUCAACGAAAUUCGCCCUGACUGGUGCUGUUUUUGCACAAGACGAGAAAUUCCUGUCGGAAGCGCUCGACGAAUUCAAAAUGUCUGCUGGUAAUUUUUAUGUCAACGACAAGUCCACUGGAUCUGUCGUUGGACAGCAACCAUUUGGUGGCGGUAGAUUGUCAGGAACAAAUGACAAGGCCGGUGGUCCGCAUUACGUUCUAAAAUGGACUUCAAUGCAAGCGAUCAAGGAAACUUUCGUCCCUUUGCGUGAAAUUACCUAUCCCUAUAUGGAAAAUUAAGUUGUCUCCAACAACCAGCGAAGUACUGAUCCAAUUUUUUAAAAUAGAGCAAAGUGUAUACACAACACAAGACACCUUACGUUUUUUUUCAUUUGAUAGUUAACGCAAUGAUGGUGGUCUGCAUUGUGUUCUGAAAUGAAUUCAACGAAAGUGAAUAGUGAGACCUUCGAAAAUUUAGUUCUCUUCAGAAACCAAUGAAGUACUAAUCCGAGACAAAAUUCAGUUCAUUUUUUUUUGGCGAAGUUCAAAAUUAACUAAUGUUGUAUAUAGAUCUACUUUGGUUUUUUAUAGGUUUCAUAAUUAUAUAAUAUUGUGGAGAGUAAUGCAGUAGGCGAAAAAAAAAAUGAAAAGUGAAUUGAUCCUUAAAAACACCUAAAUUUCGCUCCCAUUUGUUAAGGUAAACCUAGUUAGGCUGGAUCAGAUCAGUACACAUUCGACUGCACCACAUCUUCUAACUAAGAGAACUAAGCGGCUCAGUGGCUAAGAAGAAUAACAACGGAGACGAUUCUGACACAUUCCUUCCGAACGAAAAAAAAAAACUAAAACCAAAAAACUCAAGUACUGGGAAUAUUAAAAUUGUUACUUUUCUGUCCAAGAAGUUUUAACUCUUUAAUUUCCGAACCCUAAAAAUUUUUCACACAAAUCUGCAGAAAUCGAAACAGAAUACUCUAAAAAAAUGAAUAUUAUUAUCGAUCAGUGAGUUAGCACUUGACUAUGUUACCAUAUUUGUUACCGUGCAUAAAUUGUAAUUGAGAAAAUAUUUUUAUCUGAUAUGAAUGAAGAGGAAAUGAUAGAGAAAAACUUAUACACUGUAUAAUUUUUUAGUGAAAGCUAUCUCCAAUUGUUUGAUAUUACCGAAAUAAGAGCCGGACAAAAAUAGGAAUCUCAAUGAAAAAUCUCACUAUGUCCGAUUCUUCGAUAUAACUAAAACGAGAAAACGACAAAAAUGGAAUCUCAAUGUCCGUUCCUAAUUUAUAAAUGUUUUUUUUUUUUAAGUUUCUUUGUCCAUUUUGAAGCAUUCGAAUUAAUUUCUUUGUUAACAUUAAAGUAUUUGCUGAUAUAGUUUAAAUUAUGUAUUUUGUUAAUUCAUCUUCUGCCAUAAAUUUUAGUUUUAGUAUUUAAUUCAUCUUCGUUUCAUAGUAGUAAUUAAAUUAUUUCGAUUAUUUAUAUGAAUGGACUCUGGAAGGAGAAGGCCUUUCUUCCACAUUUCGAUAUGAAUGUGGAUAUACUUUCUUUUUGAAAUACUGUGUAUAUAUUUGAAUGUUUUUAAAACUUCUGUUGGAAGCAAAACAAAAUUAAGACAAAUUGAAGUAAUUAUUUCGAACUAAAAGACUUCAAAUAAAUAUUCAAUUGAAAGAUACUACACUUCAAGUGGGAAAAAUUCCAGAGAAAAAGCCUACUAGGUACUUUAUAAGUAUGAACUUGAUCCAAAACAAAAGUCGAAUUAGUCAAAGGGGCUGUGAAUAUAAAGAAAAUGUGAAAAAAAAUUAUCUAUAUUUGAAACAAUCUAAAAAAAGCCCGCGAAAUAAAGCAGAGAAUGAAUAUAUGAAAAAAAAUAAAUCUCUCUCCAAACUAUACACCCAAAAUUAUCUGGAAAUUUUUGCAUUUACUUCUUUCUUCCUAUUUUCAUUUUCCUUCCUGCCAGGAGUUUCUCUAAAUUGUAUUAUUCCCAUGAAAUAGGACACAGAAUUCAGAUAUUUUGCUGUAUAUAGUUUAGAUAUUUAUCACGGGCUAUACAUCUGAUAACAUCAUUUAAAACCACGCUGCACGAAAGAAAUGUUAAACCGAUUAGUUUAGAACUUUGAAAUUGAACAAAUAAACAAUGUGUUUCCCAAAAAGAAAAUCUUAGAUACGUUGAUAUCAAGAAAAAGAAAAGAUGGGGAGAAAUCUGAUUAGAACAGAAUAGAAGAGAAAGGAAAAAAAAAAUAAACUUUGCAAUUUUUUAGGAGAAAUUUACCAACAGUUUUAGUAUUUGGACAAUAUCACACUCAUGAGUAUAUAAGAAUAAGUUAAUUGACAGACAGGAAAUUGUUGUAAAUUAAAACAUAAAAAAAAAAAUAAUUGUGCUGAGAAAA